UUUUCCUUCAUUAAUUUGAGGUAGUACGUAGUGGGUGAAAAUUCAGAAAUGAAUUUUCAGAAUAAUAUUUCAUAUAUGCCUUACGAUGAAUGAAUACGAUUAUCAACAAAUAGCACCAAAGGCUGAUACCUCCUCUAAUCUAUUGGAUCUGAUCUUCACGAAUAUACCGAAUACUACGUGUGACAUCUCUAUUGAUCCCUUAGUUCUACUGGAUAAGUAUCAUCCACCUCUGAUCAUCUCGUUGGAUAUUAGGACAAGGACAUAUGCACCGCCAACAUAUACAAAUUGUAACCGACGGCGCUUCUAUGCUGCAGACUAUGGCGUGAUUAAGGUCAAACUAAACCUGAUAGACUGGUCCUUUAUUGACGAUCCAAAGUUACUCCUUGAUUAUAUAGUUGAUUGGUUCUAUAAAAUAUUAGAUAAUUUGAUCAAUGAAUUUGUGCCUAAGUCUUUACCGACUACUCACCAGCGCCCUCCUUGGUUAACUUCAGAAAUUAUCCGUGAAGUUAAAGUAAAGAAAACAUUACAGUAAGUUUACAAAUCCACUUCAUCAACGGAUGCUUACCAAUAGUUUAGAGCACAAAGAUCACUAUGUAACAGGUUAAGUAAAGCGGCGAUAAAUAAUUAUAAUUACAAAAUUGAAGGUAAUAUAUUGCGACAACCUCAGCAAUUCUGGUCGAAUGUGACUUGUGGCAAACCAAGAGCUUCCUGCUGGAGCAAUGGCGUUGAAUGGAAUGGCAGAUAUGCGCAGAGAGUGACUCGGAUGUAGCCAGUUUAUUUGCUAAAGUUUAUUCUACCAAAUUUCUGGCAGAUGACUCAUUCAUAUAUAACGGGUAUCACGGGAUUACUGAUAGCAAAAUCGAACUUAAAAACUUUCAUAUUGACCGGGCCACUGUUCUGCUUCAUUUGUCUUCCAUAAA